AUGUCCAUUCGAAUGCGGCGGCAGAGCCCUCGGAAGGAGCUUCACGCUGUUGAUUCCAGCUCACCUGGUCCUGGCAUGUACAACGUCGGCACUGACCGCGAUAUUGGGAGGACCAAGAGCAGAAUGCAGGAGUGGAAGUCGCCGAUGCGAAAGGUGGAGUGGUUUCUGAGGAAGACAGAAUCUGCAGAUGUAUCGUUCCCGCAGAUGAUGGACCACAACGGGAUCGCGAGGUUGUCAGCAGAUGAUCUUAUCGUUUGUAGAAUGAGAAUCACUGUAAUGAUCAUCCAUCUACCAAUCUCGCGUGCUGCGCUGAUCUGGACGGGGCAGGACGAUCAUCAGGUCGGAGCAACGGCUCAAAACGACGAUGGGGACGAGGAGCAGUCGCUCACCCCCGACGUGCUGGGACGGCAGGAGGCCGUCGGAGAAAAUCAACUAUCAGGUUGCUGGACUGUGCUGGGGGAGAGCAGGGAGUUUCAGUCUUUCUCACUUGUCUGCUUCUGCCGUCAGAUCUUCCAAGUGAUCCCUCCCUACUUCGCCAGCUACAACCUCGGCCCGGGGUCCUACGUGGUCCAAGACGACAGGGAGAUCGGCAAGACCAAGAGCAGGAUGCAGGAGUGGUACGACACUGAGGUCAACGUGAGGGAAGUCGCCGCUGAGAGAGACGAGCUGGUUCAACAGGACGAGCGAUGCUCCUUCCGACUUGUUCGCCUUCUCGCCCUUGAAGUGCGUUGA